AUGAACGUGGACGAGGGCGAGCCUCCUAACUUGAAUCCCCAUCAGAAGAGCAGAUCUGUUUCCCAGGAUGCCGACAUUGUAACAGUCACCAGGGGAAACAACCCCGAUAUUCAAUACCUUAUCUAUGCGCCGUUUCUCAGCCACCUCCGCGACACAGCGGGGCCCUCCCUCCUAGAAAGCACAGCCCGCCUUUUUAUAGCAUUAAUUGUCUCCCACCUCCCGGCUAACAAAGCCCUCACUCUCAAAUUCUCCAUCCCAGGAUCCCCCUCCUGGUUCUCCAUCCGCACCGCCCAAAUCGAAGUUCUAUCCCAUCAAACCCAAGACGGGGACCAAGAAAAUCCCUUCCCCAUCGGCGCCAUGCACACCUUCUCCGCAGGCGACGUACAACCCCCCACCGCACACCGCAUCACCCUCCAACAACCCGAAGAUACUCUCAUCGCAGCACAAAGAACACUCCGCACGUCCUUUCGCGUGUUCGCAGUUGUGCUCGAUCGCGCGAAGUUUGUCUCCGAGGCCGGAGUUUACUUCUACAUGGCGGACUGGGAUGCAUCCGGGGAUCCGGACCCCGAUUUGGAGGUUUGUCCCGAUGAUACGCAGGUUUGGCGGGGGGUGGGCAUGAGUGAGGUUGCGGGACGGUUGGGGAUGGUUGUUCUUGAGGAGUGA